AUGUCUAUCCUCAACCAGGCGAAGACGGACGACACGAUGCUCGAGCAUCUCCCGUAUGCGACCGGGCUGGUUCCCACUUUCUUGGCGCGCAACCAGAAGGACAAGAACUUUCGUCGGCUGAGGCCGAACGAAUGGAGGGACGUCCUAUUGACGCAGCCAUGGCAGCGGCAACUGCGAGCCGCUCAGCUCUUCGUCGCAGCGAAAGCAAGUCGCAAGCGCUGGCAGGCCAUCGAGUUCGAGGAGUGGGAGCUGUCGUACUUCCACAUGUACGGGCAACGACUUCUCUAUGGCGAAGAUCGUACGCGCGCCGCCGAAAAAGACCCGCUGGAGCUCGGAGUGACGCUGCUCUACGGCGUGGAGCGCAGCAAGGAGAGCGAUCCGUACUCCAUUGGUUUCCUUCUGGGUUUAUUGCCGUGCGGCUGUGUGCCCUUGGCCCGUCCUCUCGCUGGCGACGUUUGA